AUGGCUAUUCAUGACCUUGGCAGGCAUGGCCCAAAGACUCGCACAGCGUGUCUGACUUGCAAGCGGCGUCGGGUGAAGUGCAGUCUCGAAAGGCCUUCGUGCGCGAGGUGCGUCAAAGCAGGCAGAAAUUGUGAGGGCUAUCAACUAUCACUGGUCCAAGAAGUUCCUGCGAUCCCUUCCAAAGCGACUACUCCUCCACACCUCAGCACCUCUUCAUCCUUGCUUUCGGCCUUUCGUGCUACACAGUCAGAAUGGCAAGCCUACAGCUUCUACACCCACAGAAUCGCAUCGAUUUUGGGCGGCGCUUUUGACACGGAGUUAUGGCAGAACGUGAUGCUCCAGGUCGCUGAUACAGACCCUACCGUCCGCAACGGAAUCUUUGCACUUGGCAAUCUUUUCAGACAUGGCCAAACGGGUGUUUCAGAUCAUGCAUCAAAAUGUACCUGUGCUCACUGUCGACAAGCUCUACGAUACUACAACAAAUCCAUCUCGGCAUUGUCGCAUUUGCUGCAGGAGCCAUGCACGCCGCAAGCCGCGCACGUCGCUCUUCUCUCAUGCGUCAUCUUCAUUUGCGUUGAAUUCUACCGAAUGAACGAUAACACUGCAAUUUCGCUGAUCUCCAAGGGAUGUGGCAUGGUCGCAGAAACUAUCAAAAAUCAGCCCGUGUCUGGAACAGCUUCGAUAGAUAUGAGAUUGAUGAAAGUGUUCAAUCGACUUUGGCUUCUAUCAACUUCGCUUGAGGGGGAGCAACAAGCUGCCCUGCUUCUGUUGGAAAGUUGGCGAAGGAAUCUGGAACACAUUGUUUCACAACCAGCCAUGGGUGCAUUUCAACAUUCGCAGGCGCAUCUAAUACUAAGAACCCACUACUUGACCACUCGGUUCGGCGCCUGUGCAAGUCUCGAUCCCUCGGAGAUGAACCACGAAGAGCACCUGCAGGAUUUUAGGGGGAUUGUACUUGCGGCAGAGGAAGGCCUGACGAGAUUUCCUCUCAAAGAUGAAGCCAGGAGCUUUUCCUUUGAAGGGUCCUUCCUGGCACCGCUCUACCUUACAGCACUCAAAUGUCGGGAAUCUGGCGUCCGAAGGAAAGCCCUUGAGUUGAUGCAUCUGACGGGGGCCAAGGAGGGAUUAUGGCAUAGAUCCGAACUGAUUCGUGUUGCGACAAGAGUGAUGGAACUUGAAGAGGGCCUGGCGGCCUUUGGCCCAGAAGGAGAUCCGUCUGGAAUCCCUGAUCGCGGGCCGAUGCUCUUUUACGAUGUGCUUGCUGGACUGAACUAUCGCAAAGCUGGAAAGACGUUUGUGGACGUCACAUAUCUCAUAUACGAUACAACCAGUCCCCAACGUUGGCAUACCAGGCAAGAGACUCUGGAAGUUGUGGAAUGA